CGCGCGGCCGCCGUCGGCAGGGGGCGGGGCGGGGCAGCGCCGCGCGGGGCCGGGAGCGGCGGCGGCGGCGGGGCCAUGGGGAACCUCUUCGGGCGGAAGCGGCGGAGCCGCGUCACCGAGCAGGACCGGGCGGUGCUGCAACUGAAGCAGCAGCGCGACAAGCUGAGGCAGUACCAGAAGCGGAUCAGCCUCCACCUGGAGAAGGAGCGAGCCCUGGCCCGGCAGCUGCUGCGCGAGGGCAAAAAGGAGAAAGCUAUGCUCUUGCUAAAGAAGAAGCGUUACCAAGAGCAACUUCUAGAUAAAACAGAAAACCAGAUCAGCAACUUGGAACGGAUGGUCCAAGAUAUCGAAUUCACCCAGAUUGAAAUGAAGGUCAUUGAGGGUCUGAAAAUAGGCAAUGAAUGUCUGAACAAAAUGCACCAGGUUAUGUCAAUAGAAGAAGUGGAAAGAAUAAUAGGUGAAACCCAAGAUGCUGUGGAGUACCAGAGGCAAAUAGAUGAGAUAUUGGCUGGCAGCCUGACCGAAGAAGAUGAAGAUGCCAUUUUAGAAGAAUUAAACGCCAUUACUCAGGAACAGAUUGAGCUUCCAGAAGUUCCUUCUGAGCCACUCCCAGAAGAGGUCCCAGAAGCGUCACCCGUCAAGAACAGGCCAAAACCAGAACUGGUGGCAGCAUCUUAACUCCCACUUCUGGGGAUCCCCCCACGUAACUUUCACCCAGGACAGUUUGCCAUCCCAGCGUGUGCUGGGACCAAGCAAUGCCUUGGCAGCAUCCCAGCUGUGCUGGGCGGAUUGUGGAGCAGGAUUCCCUGCGCAGGGUGGGGAACCUCAGCUGAUUAUUGCUCUUGUAUCAAGAUUAUUUUCUAGUGCUUUCUUUUUUUGUAACUUAAAUUCUAAACUCACUCAGCUGCGCUGUCUUGGGAUUAAACAACAACUCUAAAACUUCCAAAUCAAAAUGCUCUCUUUAGGUUUGGUUUCAGCUAUAAAUCUGCCUCUGCUGUGACUGAAUCCAUAGGAAGUCCUCCCCUUAGAGAGCUUGUGUUUUUAUAAAUGGUUGUCGUAGGCUUUAUGAGGAAGAGCCACUGCACUCGUGAGCCCUCCAGACCUUUCUGUUGCCUUCAGUCCUCUCAAUCCCUUUGCUUUUCUUUUCUGAUUCUGUCUCUUGUCCUUAUCUAAAUCAGUGGCUGGCAUGUAUGAGGACCUGUGAGGCACCAUAAGAGCAUGGGCAGAAUGCAGUCAGGCUAGAAGGUAACAAGUCUUGAGCUUCUGCAGGCUGUACCACUUUGUGCUACAGGCUGAAAACAAUGGUUCUCUGUCACCAUUGUAUAAAACCAGUUUACAUGUGAGGCUCUUCCUUUUGGGCUAAGUUCAGUGCGAUUGCUUAACUUUACAUUUGUCUGCAGCAGCACUGAUGAAAGAAACGGUUCUCCAGUGUGAGGUGAAGAGCUGAUCUGCCACUGGGCAUGAGUCAGAGGCAGUCGUUAAGGAUUCCCAUUCAGAUCUUGCUCUCCCUGUCAGUCUGUGGUAAUGCGUCGUGCUGAGGGUAACAGCAGAGCUGAAGUUACAGAAAUCUGACAAACCUCUUAAAUUAUAACAAGGACUCUACUGCCUUUUUUAUGAGCCAUAAGUCAUCACUUAGUGGCUCUGCACCAUCGUCAGAGUUCACCUUUGCAACAGUCAGAUGGACUGAGAUCCAGUGGCCACCUCACGUUUGAUGUUUCCUCAUAGUGUAGGAGACUGGAAAGGUCAGGCCAGGGUGAACGAGACUCAUUCUGUACCAGAUAUGAAAUAUGAAGCUUUCUUAAAUUAACACUCCAAAGACUGUUCAAUAAGUAGUUGGGGGAAACUUUACUGUGGAGGAUGGUUCUGUUCUCAGCAUGGUUUAGAGGGACUUGGGUUGGCAUAGCUGAUGAAUUGUUUGGAAAAUUGCCUGGCCAGCGAGGUGGCAGGCAGAUUUAGCUGUUCUUGGAAGCAAGCUUAUUCGCCAGCUUGCAGAUGCUCUUCAGGACAUUGCAGGUCUUUAUUUAUUGUAUUCUUGAAGACACAGCCCUUAAUCCCUUCUUCUGCAACAGAGCAGAAGAAAGACCCAGAGGGUCCUUUGAGACUUUUAGUGACUGCCUUUGGGGUUAUGUGAUCUGGUGCUACACAACAAUAAAUAUUCCCAGAGACUGUGAUGCUCUCCAACCAGUGGCGAUGGGCCAGCAGCAAACAUGUUUUUUCUUUUUUAAAUCAUUGUUUUCGUUUUAUCUAUGUUUGUUAAGUUCCAAAGACUGGACUGAGCAUCCAGGUCCUGCUGUGAGGGGCAGGAUGCAGAGUGCGCGAGACCUCGAGGUGGCAUGCACUUUGGAAUUGCCCUGUCUUCAUUUCCACUGCACCAGUUCAUAAUUAGUGUUUCUUAAAGUCACUGUUCCACAGGCUUCAGACCUAUCCAUGUUAAUUAGUGUGCAACUUCAGAAAAGAAGCUCAACUUUUUCUGAAAUUGGCACAGUAGGCUUAAAAUGAUAAUUUUUGUGCCUAAGUAAUAAAUGCACUAGUUACCCAGUCAGUGUUUGGAACAGACAUGUUACAACAACCGUUCAUUCAGCUUUCACAGCUGAAGCUAAAACGGGACAGAUCUGUAUCCUAUUUCACACCCUUGUGAUUUUUUUUUUCUUCAGGCGAGAUUGUUUUUCCCCUUCUCUGCGCUACCACCUUGAACAUCGUGCAAUGCACACUUUUUCCACCAGAGAGAGCCUUGUCUUCAUCCGCACAGUGGUGUCUCUAACAUUUUGUGGAAUGUUUUUUUCAGUCUCCUUUAGUCCCUUGCUAGCUCGGUGUCAACUUGUUUAAUUUUACGCUAUUUAGUUUGUAAUUCAUAGGAGUGGAUGCUGGACUCUCCCAAUAAGGUCUUGCAGGGACCUGUCCUAGGAGCACAGCUUUUGCUGCUAGCACUUUGAGUAAACCCUAUUAAAUAGGGUUGGGGCACAUCCUCAUGGAGGAGGAGAGAGCAUCGCAGUCUGUGCCCCAGUCUUUUUUCCAUGAUCCUCCUGGCAACAAGGGAGACACAAGCCAACCAUCCCGGGGACGUUGUGGUGAUGCUGUGCCAAGCACCUGUAACUGCCAGUCAGGGAGCUGAGUAUCCCGGCACAAGCUGUGCUUUCUUGCUCAGUGCUUUCCUUGGGUGAAAGCUCUAGUCCAGAGAGGCAUUGGGCUAGUGCUGAAGGGGUUAAUGCAGCUCCUUGCAUUCAUAACUGCAGUAAAGAGGCCAUUUGCUGAAGUCCCAACAGGGAGGUUUGAAGCAGGUUGCCAACAGCUUCCCCUUCUAAUCCCUGUACCAAACAGAUUGUACUGUGUCUCCUUGAGAGGAAAAGCCAGGGGUGGUGUGUGACCUCUGUGGUGUGCUGUAACAAUAAAUAUUUCUAAUGGUUUCACCUA